AUGUGGGUUUUUUUCGAAGUUUCCCAACCAUGGAUCGAGGUAUGCAAGAUCGUCUGUAAGGCGUCAAUUGCUGCAACGAAGUAUCCGGAACUACAACCAGCAAGCUGGGGCGCUAUAAAUAUGCAAAAGCUAAUUAAAGCCAUGAAAGCGUGUGAUAACUCUCCCACAUCAACAUUGUUACCUCAUCCUUAG